UUGCGUGAAAAGAAUAGGGUUAAAAACGUAAAAUAGAUUAAAAACAUUGUAAUCAAAUUGAUUAUAUUCUGUAUAUGCAUAGAAUAAACAUUUAAUGAUAAUUUCUAAUAGUGUCAUGUCCUGAAAAGAUACAAAAAUAUAAUUUCCUUUGAAAAUGGACGAAAAGAAGUCGAAGCAAGCAUCAUCAAAAUCUGGUACUUCAACUGAUAGCAUAAUUGUCAAUGGGAUUAAGGAUGUGCAUAAGACUGUUGAAUCAAUAACCAAAAAAGAUGAUCUCAACGUCAACCUUGAUGGAAUUUUAGAGGAAGUUAAGAAGAUUGAUAAUACAUGCGUUUUUAAAACAUGUAAAACCAAAACUGAUUUAAUGGGUGCUAACUGUCCGCAUUGCACACUUAGAUUUUGUUUUAAACACUCGUUGCCAGAAAUACAUGGUUGUGGAGAAGCUGCAAAACGUGACGAAAGGCGCAAAUGGUUACAUCCUACAGAGAAACUUGCUGAAAGCAAAAAAGAGGAAGUCAAAGGAAAACUUGAUAGAAAACUUAAAGAGAUGCAACAAGCUCGAAAGUCUAAGCAAUAUAAAACUAAGAACAAAUAAUUUAUAAAAAUACCUAUGUUGGUAUUUAAAAAAAAAAAUACUAAAACCAAAUAUUGGUAAUGUGCUAGUUAUUUCUGUGAAAUAUCAUCUAUAUAUAAAAAGUUAUUUUGUAGUAGUAGGACCUCUUUAUGAAAGUCAUUGUUGAUUGUACACCUUGUCUUGAGAAAAGAACUGCUUCAAAAUAACAAAAAACUUGUUACCAAAAAAAUUUCCUCAACAAUAUAAUUAUAUUAUGGAAAG